AAUUGCCACCCAGUGGUCAGAAUUCAUCACAACAUCUUGCCACGUUUGUUAAUUGUGAUUUUAUUUUUGUUUAAAAAACGAUAGUUAUGUGAUUAUCCUCCAUUUACAUGUUUAAUUAUUUAAUUGACAAUAUGUCGAUUAAAUUAUGAGUUUAAGUUUUUUUUUUUUUUUUAGAACAUGAUUAAUUCAUUUUGCCGACGUCCUAAUCACAGCAUUUAAGAAAAAUGAAUAUGUGACAAACUGCUGAUUAACAUUACAUUUGACUGUUAAAUUACAAUAGAUCGGUAACACCGUAUAAUAAAUACAAAAUGUUGCAAUAUAUUGACUUUGUGUGUAUAAAUAUGACUGUAAAUACAUGCGGGUGCAAAAAAAGUGUGACGUCAUGAGUCCACAUGCACAGUCUCCACUGCUCAAGCAUCACACACACAUACACACACACACACACACAUUGUGGACGAGCAUACUCCGUGUUCUGCUUCUUCAUGAGCUUGUUUAUGCAUUUUGAAAGAUAACCAAAACAACCAGAUUACAGGUAAGCACUUCCACUUACAUUUCAAAGUUGAUGUCUGUAUUUUUAUUUACAAUUGAUUCUUGUUUUAGUUUGUGAGGAUGAGGAAGAUCAGUCUUCAUCUGCUUGUCAUGUUCUUUUUCUCAAGCAGCAGGGCAGAAAGUGCAGAAGAGCGUUUAGUGAACGACUUGUUGGGUCCGCAGCGCUACAACAAACUGAUCAGACCUGCAGUCAAUAUGAGUCAGCAGGUCAUCAUUUCUAUUCGUGUUUCUCUGUCUCAACUUAUCAGUGUUAACGAGCGAGAACAGAUCAUGACGACUAACGUGUGGUUGUCUCAGGAGUGGAAUGAUUUCAGACUGAGGUGGGAUCCUGACAAGUACGAAGGCAUCAAGAAACUAAGAAUACCAUCCAAACUCCUCUGGCUUCCUGACAUCGUGCUUUACAACAAUGCUGAUGGCGUGUACGAAGUGUCCUUCUACUGCAACACAGUGGUGUCCAACACCGGGGACAUUGUGUGGUUGCCGCCCGCCAUUUACAAGUCAGCCUGUGCCAUCGAAGUGCAGAACUUCCCUUUUGACCAGCAGAACUGCACCCUAAAGUUCCGCUCCUGGACUUAUGAUCACACAGAAGUGGACUUGAUGCUCACCAGCGACUUCGCCAGCCGUGACGACUUCACACCCAGUGGAGAGUGGGACAUUGUGUCGCUUCCUGGACGCAAGAAUGAGGACCCAGAUGACAUCACUUACUUGGACAUCACCUAUGACUUUGUUAUCAAGAGGAAGCCACUCUUCUACACAAUUAAUCUGAUCAUUCCCUGCGUGCUCAUUACCUCUUUGGCUAUUUUGGUCUUCUAUCUACCAUCAGACUGUGGUCAGAAGAUGACUUUGUGUAUUUCAGUGCUGUUGGCGCUCACUGUGUUUCUGCUGCUUAUUUCCAAGAUUGUACCACCUACCUCGCUGGCAGUGCCACUCAUUGGUAAAUACCUGAUGUUUACUAUGGUGUUGGUCACCUUCUCCAUCGUGACCAACGUUUGCGUCCUGAAUGUUCAUCACCGCUCUCCAUCCACCCACCACAUGCCGAAGUGGGUCAACCGCCUCUUCCUGGUCCAACUCCCCACAUUACUUUUCAUGAGGCGUCCAGGUGUGACUAACGUCCGUAAAAGAGUCAAGAGGAUGUGUGUGGAACGCAACGCCGUCAGAAAGAAUCCUUCUCAGACGGCAAGAGAUAAGCGACACUUGUCUAACGUGAACCUGAGUGAUGUUCAGACUAAUUCCAACUCCUUCUAUGUGAACGCAAACUGGGCCCACAAGUAUUGCUGGAGGCUGGGAGACAUCCCGGACGUCGGGUAUGGAUGUCCAGACGUCCACAGGCCUUUGACCUCUCAGUGGGAAGCUGAUGUGCAGGAGGCGGUGGAGGGAGUGAAAUACAUUGCUGAGCACAUGAAGAAAGAAGAUGAUGACGAAGGAAUAAUAGAGGACUGGAAGUAUGUUGCCAUGGUGAUAGACCGUUUGUUUCUUUGGAUCUUCAUCUUGGUGUGUGUGGUCGGAACACUGGGGCUCUUCAUGCAGCCGCUGUUUCAAAGCUACAACACACCCGUCGCUGAGGACGCAAAGUAUGGAGAUUUCUAGGAUGAUUUUGAAUUUGCUCUCCUGGGCGAGUUGGUGUAAGUCUGCUGCUAGUUGGCCUGUGUGUAUUGUCAAGGUAGAAACCAUGACACACUGUGUAUUUAUAUCUCUAUUUAUAUUAGGGAUGUACGAUUAAUAUUGGACCAAUGAUUAUUGAACUGGUAUGAAUAAUUACGGUGCCACAAGUCCGAUAACAUAAAAACAUAGCUCAGAUCGUCGUUAAGUCGCUUUCUGACAGUCGCUUCAGGAUGCGCCAUUUUGUGGGCGAUCUUAUUUACGUGGCUCACCUUCGACAGCGUCUUCUCCCCGUCAUCUUUGUUGUAGCGGUGUCGCGUGCAAGGACGGGAGUGGAAGAAGUGUGAAAAGAUAGAGCUAACUGUUUUAAUGACAUUCAGACUUUACUUAAAUCAAUAAUGGGGCACUCACUGGUGGCUCACCAGUGCAAUAACACUGGAAAUGUGAAAAACCGUCGGACCGGAACUCUCGAAUAACUAAAGUUUUGUGGGUGAAUUAUUUUAACCCGCUACAGCGGUAGUUUUUUGCGCUUCCAUAGCGAGCUAUAAGUUACAACUUAAUGCUACUUUAUAUUAAAAAUGGCAACAGCAGAGGGCUAAUGUCCCAUAACAAGAAGAUAGUGAAAAAGAAAAAGCUUAUCCACUAUGGUAUUGGCAGGGACUACAGUGGCAGAGUUGCACAAAUUUUCAGGACUUAUGCAGAUUUCAAAUACACAUCAGCAGGUACCAGAAGGUAAGAAACAUUGGUUUUGCAUAAUAUUGUGAAACAAAACGCCAGAUAAUGUCUUACCUUAUACACACAUUAUAAUAAUACUUGUAUGUUUAAGCACAGUACAAUCCAUCAAUCAGUGUGGCUUCAUAGCUUUGGGAACUUGUUGGAGUGCAGCGAACAUGAUUCUUACUUUUUUUGUUUAAAACUAAGCAUUAUUGUGGCCAACUUAGUGUUAUUUGUCUUAUAACGACAUAUUGCUGCUUGCUGAGAAAAGUGAUGUUUAUAAAAAUUCAACUGUUGUAUUCUCAGUUCAACUCCUUCUAUUUGUAUUUACCAGCUUGAAAUCAUGUUAUUUAAUAAAAGUUCUGUAUUAGCAUGACUGUCUGCUCCAAAAGAAAACGCUGAAAUCAUAACCAUAUGUUGAUAUAUGUCACAUGUUCACAACAAAAGACUUAUUGCUGAGUCAUGUAUUGUUUCAAGUUUAACUAUUGAUUUGUCUAACGGCUAAGAGUCAUUUAUUUUACAGGAAAAACAUUAAUAAAGCUUUUAUGAUGCUAAAAGAUCAGCUCAAUGUUUGAAGGCGAUUUGCAAACAGUAAGAAUAAAUAUGGAAUGGAAUAGAACACUUUGUCAUCAAACAUGAGCGCAUGACAAAAUUACAGAUGGCAACUUUGUUCGUAGCUGUGUUUCCGUUACCUGCGCAAAACUUAAACAGUAAGAAAUUUGGUAUUUCCAAAAACAUCUCAAAUAAUGCUGAAACAUUUUUGCCCUCUUAUGAUGUGGUUUUUGAGACGUUUCGAUAUUGAAGUGUUUUGCGAAAGCAUGAUAUAAACACUUUUUUUUCCUAUUUAGAGGUCACAUAAACACCGAACUGUCCUGGGUUCGAUCCCCGAGCUCGGGGUCUUUCUGUGUGGAGUUUGCAUUUUUUCCCCGUGACUGCAUGGGUUGCGUCCCGGUACUCCAGCUUCCUCCCACCUCCAAAGACAUGCACCUGGGGAUCGGUUGAUGGGCAACACUAAAUUGGCCCUAAUGUGUGAAUGUGAGUGUGAACAUUGUAUGUCUAUCUGUGUUGGCCCUGCGAUGAGGUGGCAACUUGUUAAGGGUGUACCCCGCCUUCCGCCACAGUGCAGCUGGCAUAGGCCCCAGCACCCCCAUGACCCCGAGAAUGACUACUGUGAUUUUUACUGUCCCAAUUCUGUGUUUUUAAUCACCUUUCUUGUCUGCUUCUAUUAUUUGUCUUCUCCACUGUAUGUAUUUAACAGGGUCAAUUAUGUCAUGUAAACAUAAUGUAUUUUAUACUGUUGUAAGGGGUUGUGCGGUAUACUACAGCAGUGGUCUUCAAAUGGGGGUACGCGUACCCCUGGGGGUACUUGAAGGUAUGCCAAGGGGUACGUGAGAUUUUUAAAAAAUUAUUCUAAAAAUAGCAACAUUUCAAAAAUCCUUUAUAAAUAUAUUUAUUGAAUACUAUUUCAACAAAAUAUGAAUGUAAGUUCAUAAACUGUGAAAAGAAAUGCAGCAAAGCAAUAUUGAUUUUUGUGGACAUGUUCCAUAAAUAUUGAUGUCAAAGAUUUCUUUUUUUGUCAAAAAAUGUUCAGAAUUAAGUUCAUGAAUCCAGAUGGAUCUCUAUUACAAUCCCCAAAGAGGGCACUUUAAGUUGAUGAUUACUUUGUGUAGAAAUAUUUAUUUAUAAUUGAAUCACUUGUUUAUUUUUCAACAAGUAUUUAGGUAUUUUUUCCAAAUAAUUCAAGGAAGACCACUACAAAUGAGCAAUACUUUGCACUGUUAUACAAUUUAAUAAAUCAGAAACUGAUGACAUAGUGCUGUAUUUUACUUCUUUAUCUCUUUUUUUCAACCAAAAUUACUUUACUCUGAUUAGGGGGUACUUGAAUUAAAAAAUGUUCACAGGGGGUACAUCACUGAAAAAAGGUUGAGAACCACUUUACUACAUUAUAGUACCGCGAUACUAAUGAAUUGUAUUCGGUACUAUACCACCUCUGAAAAGUACCCCCCCCCCCCCCCUCCCCCUUUUGCCCCCAUCGUCGGCACAUCAUGACAUUGCUGAUUUUACAAGUAGAGGAGCAUUUUCGGCAGUGCAAAAUCACGGAGUGUUUACAAACAGGCACAGUGUGUAGACAGAAAACAGAGUACGGGUGCAUUUUGGCUUAAAAACUAAAGACACCCUCAGGAAGAGGUGCUUUAAGACAUGGCUAGCUAGCUAGCGGCUAAUGUCCAUCCGCCGUCGUCCGUGCUUUAGCUACAAAUAAAGUAUCAAUCAAUCAAUCGAUCGAUCGAUUGAUCAAAAGUUUAUUUAUAUAGCCCUAAACCACAAGUGAUUACAUUACAUUACAUUUUAACAGAAGUGGAGACAGAACAUGUUAAAAGACAAAGUAAGCGAAUUAUAACAGUAUAUUAACAAGUACAUUAAUAAUUAAUUUUAUACCACUUGUUCUUAAUAAUUUUGACAACAUAAUAACAUUGGAAAAUGACACAAUAUGUUACUGCAUAUGUCAGCAAACUAAAGUAGGAGCCUUUGUUUGCUUACUUACUACUAAAAGACAAGUUCUAUGUUGUUGACUUGUAUGUUAAUUUUUUUUAUUUAAGGACAAACUUGCAUUAAGAAGCAUAUGUUUAAUGUACUGUAAGAUAUUUUGUUAAAAUAAAGCCAAUAAUGCCGUUUUUUCUGGUCCCCUGAGUAGUAUCAAAAUGAGUUUAUAUUUUAAUGGGAACAGCAUUAAUGUUGUGUUAUUGUUAUAAUUACACAAGACGUGUAAGUGAAAUUUAAAUACCUGAAGGUUGUUUGAUGUUUUGUCAAUAUGUGGAACCAUUUUCUCAUUGUGUCCCUCCUAACUGCAAUGAUUGUUGUGACACCUGCCACUUUCUAUGUGUUGCACACACCUUGCUACUUCCUUGUCUGUCCACAAAAUCAACGUAAGACAUAGGUUCCCACGUGAUGAAAAAAAAAGUGUCUCAUUGUUGACAUAUUGUCUCAUUAAGAACUUAAGUUCACUAUUUCUUGUUCUGUGAAUUAUAUUUAUAUAGCACUUUUUCUCUAGUGACUCAAAGCGCUUUACAUAGUGAAACCCAAUAUCUAAAUUAUACAUUUAAACCAGUGUGGGUGGCACUGGGAGCAGGUGGGUAAAGUGUCUUGGGCAGGGACUAGGAUGGCGGAAGCGGGGCUCGAACCUGCAACCCUCAAGUUGCUGGCACGGCCGCUCUACCAACUGAGCUAUACCGUUCUGUAUUGUUGUAUUUAUGUAAGGGCUCAACAAUUGACAGAAAUGUAUUGACUAUAUUUGUAUUUCCUGUAUGUUUAUAUUUCACUGUGUUAUCGUACGUAACUCCCUUUUUGUCCACGAAACCAACGUGAGAGGGGCUCCCCAAUUGGCAGAAUAAUAUUGACUACAUUUGCAUUUCCUGUAUUGUCAGAUAUGCAUUGCACAGAGUUGCCCUGGUGUUAGUCGUGUUUAUUAAAGCCGACACACAACGCAGAGGAAAAGAACCCUCGUUACAUCUUUCUAGUCUGUUUCUAUCAUCUUUCUACUGUGUUUCUACUGUCUGUUUAUACCAUCCGUCUAAUAUGGUUCUAUCAUCUUACUACUGUUUUUACUAUCUUUUACCAUCUUUCUACAAAACCCAAACCCAGUGAAGUUGGCACCUUGUGUAAUUCGUAAAUAAAAACAGAAUACUAUGAUUUGCAAAUCCUUUUCAACUUAUAUUCAAUUGAUUAGACUGCAAAGAUAAAAUGUUAAUGUUCAAACUGAGAAACAGAUUUUUUAAUUUUUUUUCCGCAAAUAAUCAUUAACUUAGAAUUUAACGGCAGCAACACAUUGCAAACAAGUUGGCACAGGGGCAUUUUUACCAGAGUGUUACAU